AAAAUUGACCGUGACGAUGUAUGCAUCUCGAUUAUCAUGGGCACUGCUUGCCUUCAGCAGUCUGUUGACCACCACUGUCGCAGCAAAGGAUGCAUCAACUGAGAAGUACACCUUCGCUGAGCUCUGGGACUUGCAACACGAUCUCUGGAAGAACUUUCUCUAUCCAACCAAUUUGAAACAGAUAAAUGCCACGGAUGAAUCUGUUUUCACGGCCGACGUCGAAGGCCGCGUAGACGUGACCCGCACAUUCGAUGGCCGUGAGCUCAACGCUGAGUACAUAUUUGGACUCUUCUCAGAGCCCGAUCAUGUCAGUCUCGUCGGGGUCCCGAUUGAAUACAACAUCACGCAGUUCCUCGCAAACGACAACAUCGCCUCGGCCACAACGGUGUUCAACUUCAACGCGACGACUUUCGGCCUGGUUGUCCCCGUCACAAUCGACACAUGGGUUCAGUGGAAUGACGAGGGCAAGAUAGUGCGCUACGAUGCUACCUUCCGUUGGUUCGACCAUCUCAUCGAAACCCUCUUCGCUGCCAUGGGGAAUAAGCUCAAUACGACAUCCGAGGAACAGAUUACAGACCACAUCAGCCAGGUCCUGGCGCAGACAAUCUGUAAGACACACGAGGACAACUGCCACGGCGAGAAUCAGCAAUACGACAAUAUGGACCAGUGCCUUGACUUCCUGAUCAACAAGACGCGCUUUGGAAAGCCGUUUGAGUUGGGUCGCGACACGUUGCUUUGCCGUGAAGUGCAUGAGCUGAUGGUCAAGUAUCGACCGGAGAUUCAUUGCUCGCAUAUUGGUCCCACUGGAGGGGAUUACUGCGUUGAUGAUAGGUCAUACAUGAAGGUGGUGACGGAGCAGUACUUUAGCGAGUCGUGGAUUCCGUUUGGGUAUGGAAAGGAGCAGAACCUUUGGCUUCCUUGACGAUUUUCGUAGCGAAUUCGAAUAUCUUGAAGAUCUAUGUUAACUUGCUCGUGAGAAUUCUGUUCUAUCGAUAGUUGACGGUUAUAUAGUACUUGCUCUUAUAGCGAAUCAGCUUGUCCUAUCAAGGAAUGAUAACAGUUGUGUCUUGCAUUCAUGACGCUGGCUAUGCUAUCUAUCUACCAAUAGGAUGCCCAU